CAGAUGCCGACUUAUUAUUGACCAUUUUCGGCCAUAUUUGAUAAUAAAAAAAAAACAAAAACUAAUAACAAUAAAUAUAUAAAUAUAAACAAAUAAAAAUAUAUUUAUGUAAAAUUAUUGCACAUUGAUAUUACUUAUUACAAACUUGUGUCUCUUUUGGUUAUAUAUUAUUAUUUAAAAAUAAAAAGUCAUCAUGAAUCGAAGAUUUUGGAAGAAAAAAGGUGGCAAAAAAAACAAUGAUAGUAAUAAUAAAAAAACAAAUAUUAAACCACCUGAUAAUAAUAAUGAUGGUAGUGGUGGUGAUGAUGAUGAUGAUAAUGGGAUUGGAAAUGAUAAUUUAAAUGUAAUGAAUAUUAAUAAUGCUGAUGAUUCACCAGAGCCAGAUAAUCCAACUCUUGAUGUUUAUAAAAUUAAAAAAAAAACUGAUGAUCCAUAUUACAGUAUACAUUUAUAUUUUGAUAAAAAAGAUUUUAAAAAUAAGGAUUUACUUGAAAAAGUUGAAACAAGUUUAAAUUUUAUAAAAAGAAAUUUAGAUGUAGCAGAGGUAUCAUUACAUGGUGGACCAUCAUUUAAUAUAUCAAUUGAUAGAUUUAAUAAAGAUGAAGAAUUUAUAAAUGAAUGGGAAACAUUUAAUGAUGAUUUAAUUAAUAAACCACGUGAAACAUUAAAUUGUCUUGGUUUAGCAUUACAUCAAGUAUUAGCUGAAAAACCAAUGGAUAAUGAUCCAUUAUCAAUUGAUAAUACAAAUUUACCAAUGAUACGUGUUAAAAUAAUAAAUUUAAAACAAAUAAUACCAUUACGUGAUAUUAAAUUAACAUUUUAUGGUAAAUUAAUAUCAACAAGAGGUUGUGUUGUUAGAGUUGGACGUACAAGACAUAUACAUAAUUGGAUACCAUUUACAUGUAUUAAAUGUACAAAUUGGCAAAUUGAAAAACAACCUGAUGGUAUAUAUACAUUACCAAAUAAAUGUAAUGUAUGUGGUGGUGGUAAAUUUAAACCACGUUGUGAUUCACGUUAUGUUAAAACAACACCAUUUCAAAUAAUUAAAUUACAAGAACAUUUUAAUUCAAAACAAGAUGAUCGUGGAAAAAUGCCAAGAAUAUUAGAAGUUGAAUUAUUUGAUGAUCUUGUUGAAAUAUGUAUGCCAGGUGAUGAUAUAACUGUUGUUGGUAUGAUUAAAGUACGUGGUACUGAUGAUGGAAUUUUACCAAAAUCAGUAAUAUCAAGUUCAAAUUCAAUGUAUAUGGAAGCAGUAUCAAUUGUUAAUAAUAAAAAUAAAUCAAAAGGUACAACUGAAGUUGGUAUUGAUUUAAAUAUACAUGAUUAUUUUGCAAUCAAAAAAGUACAUGAUUCACAAGAUGUAUUUACAUUACUUGUACAUUCAUUAUGUCCAGCAAUAUAUGGCCAUGAAUUAGUUAAAGCUGGUUUAUUAUUAUCACUUAUUGGUGGUUCAUCAAAACAUGAAUCAUUACGUGAUGAUAUACAUGUAUUAAUUGUUGGUGAUCCUGGUCUUGGUAAAUCACAAAUGUUACAAGCAUGUAGUCGUGUUGCUGUUAAAGGUGUAUAUGUUUGUGGUAAUUCAAGUACAUCAUCUGGUUUAACAGUAACACUUACUAAAGAAAAUGGUACAAAUGAUUUUGCACUUGAACCAGGUGCACUUGUACUUGCUGAUAAAGGUUCAUGUAUUAUUGAUGAAUUUGAUAAAAUGCCAACACAACAUCAAGCAUUACUUGAAGCAAUGGAACAAUCACGUGUUAGUGUUGCAAAAUCAGGUAUUAUUUGUUCAUUACCAGCAAGAACAUCAAUACUUGCUGCUGCAAAUCCAAUUGGUGGUCGUUAUGAUAGAAGUAAAAGUGUUACAGAAAAUUUAAAUCUCAGUCAACCAUUAUUAUCAAGAUUUGAUUUAAUUUAUCUAUUAUUAGAUCAACCAAAUGAACAACUUGAUACACUUUUAUGUUCACAUGUUAUGAAUGCUCAUACUGGAUUUAAAAGAACUCGUGCAAUGAGAGAUGCUGAUGAUAAUGAUAAUGAUCAAAUGUCAACAGCUGCAAGUACAAGUAAUGAAUUAACAAAUCUUAAAGAAAGACUAACUGGUGUAAUUGAUCAAGAAAUAGUACCACAACCAAUGCUAAGAAAAUAUAUAGCAUAUGCAAGACAAUAUGUUAAACCAAAACUUUCAAUUGAAGCUGCUAAAUUAUUACAAGAUUAUUAUCUUAGUCUUAGAGAAAUGAAUAAUAUAUUUGGAAGUUUACCAAUUUUUCAUCGUCAACUGGAAGCAUUAAUUAGAUUAACUGAAGCAAGAGCUAAAGUUGAACUACGUACUAUUGCUACUGAAGAUGAUGCACGUGAAAUUAUUGAAAUAUUUAAAUUUACAAUAUCAAGUGUACCACCACAGAGUUUACCUGAAAUACGUAGAACAAAUGAUACUGGUAAAAUAACAGCAAAUAAAGUUAGUGCAUUUGUUGUAUUUCUUCGUGAACAAAUUGCUGGUGAUGAUAAUAAAUUAUUUACUGAUAUUGAACUUAAAGAUAUUGCUGAUGCUGGUGGUAUUGUUAUUAAAAAUUUUAGUUUAUUUAUUAAUAAACUUAAUGAAGAAGGUAUUUUAAUAAAACGUCCAAAUGGUUAUAAAUUUAUCGGUAUGUAGUAUCAAAAAAAAAACAAAAAAAAAAAUACUGUUCUUCUAUUAAACUUAAUAGUAUAUAAAUAUUUAUAAUAAUAUUUAUUUUUAUAUUUCAAGUUAACUCAUUUAAAAAUGUUACUGUUCAUAUCAUUAAUAAAGUGUUUAUUAUUUUCU